CAUAGUAAGCUCAUUUUCGCUGUUCGUUCUUGAAUACACUCUAAUUUCUCGAAUUCAAAUAUGAUUUUGAUACUGCAUAUGGAAGGAAGGAAGCAUUUUUUGCCUUGCUGAAUUUAUAUGCAUGAAAGUAACGGUGGAAAAAAGAAAGUACAAAGCAGGCUGAAAAAGCCUCAGCUGAACCGUGGCAUCUUUCUAAUCUACCACUUAUACAUGGAUGACGAAAAGGGAAGGGCUUCUUAUGACAGCUCUGUCAGUGAUGAAUAGAUGAAUGAAUGAAUUCUUACAUGUUCAGAACUCACAACACGUGUUCCAGACCCUUCAAUGCAUAAAGGAGUAGUGAAAUCUCAGUAUUGAACUAAGACAGUAAAGAAAGACAGCGUCGUGCCUGCCACAUUUGAGGAGAAAGAGACCAGCAUACUUCAGAGAUAGCAGAAACAAAAGAAUGUGCUACAGUGUCUGAAGAAUCUGACAUUUGCUUUGUCUGUCGAAAGGAAUAAAGAAAUUUUGCGUGUUUGGCAAAAUAAAUUCCCUAGUCUUUAUAAUCAAUUAGAAGAAUAGUGAAUUUUAGUAAAGUCGGAGGGUGUAUUUUUGAAAAACAAAUGUGGCCUGGAUUUUGUGAGCUUAUUGUAAACACUAGAUAAAGGCAAGCUGUGGUAGUUUACUGAGCCUUUUUAACAGAUCAGGUAAAAUGAAAUUGAACCAAGACCCAGGGGAAAAAAAUCUGAAUUAAUUAAUUUUUUUUGACAUUUUGUUAGGACUUGGAUUUUUACGUGUACACAAAUGUGUGUUGGGGAAAACACAUUCAAACUUGAAACAGAUUUUUCAGAUCUUUGCAGCUUUUUAAUGUGAUUUUACAGUGCCUGAGAGGAGACAGAAGUACGAACAUCUGAUCAGAGACACUGGCUGCAGUUCUUCAUGACUGAGGCAAAUUUAGGACCAAGACUUAUUUUUAGAGAUUGGGAGAAAAAGAUUGAAAAUAAUGGGCUGCUUUGCCAGUCUGUGACAGAGUAUCACUAGCCAGAAGCAAGUGAGAGUGAGAAGGAAUUGUUAGCUCUGGCAAUAGCUGAGAGUUUAAAAUAUGGAUGAUUCAAGUAUUCUGAGGAGGAGGGGGUUACAGAAAGAACUCAGUCUCCCUAGAAGAGGAAGCUUUUGUCGGACGAGCAAUAGGAAGAGCUUGAUUGUAACAUCCAGCACAUCUCCAACACUCCCACGACCACACUCCCCAUUGCAUGGACAUACAGGUGGCAGUCCUUUGGACAGUCCCAGGAAUUUCUCUCCUAAUGCACCUGCUCAUUUUUCCUUUGUACCUGCCCGCAGCCAUGGACACAGAGCAGACAGAACCGAUGGGCGCCGCUGGUCCCUGGCCUCUCUUCCUUCCUCUGGAUAUGGAACAAACACUCCCAGUUCAACCGUUUCCUCAUCAUGCUCAUCCCAGGAGAAGCUGCACCAGCUGCCCUUUCAGCCGACGGCCGAUGAACUUCAUUUUCUGACAAAGCAUUUCAGUACCGAGAGUAUCACUGACGAAGAAGGACGUAAUUCUCCAGCCAUGCGGCCACGAUCUCGCAGUCUCAGUCCUGGUCGUUCCCCGAUUUCCUUUGACAGCGAAAUAGUAAUGAUGAAUCAUGUGUACAAAGAAAGAUUUCCAAAGGCCACAGCACAGAUGGAGGAACGGCUGGCUGAGUUUAUUGCUUCUAAUGCUCCAGAGAACGUACUGCAAUUAGCAGAUGGGGUCCUAAGCUUCAUUUAUCAUCAGCUUAUUGAGCUGUCCAGAGACUGCCUAGAUAAAUCACGUGAAGGUCUUAUUACUUCCCGGUACUUUCAUGAGCUGCAGGAAAACUUAGAGAAACUCCUACAGGAUGCCCACGCGCGAUCGGAGAGCUCGGAGGUAGCUUUUGUUACCCAGCUUGUGAAAAAGCUGAUGAUCAUCAUUGCACGACCUGCUCGGCUGCUUGAGUGCCUGGAGUUUGAUCCCGAAGAGUUCUACCACCUGUUAGAAGCUGCCGAAGGUCAUGCCAAGGAAGGGCAAGGAAUUAAAUGCGACAUUCCUCGUUAUAUUAUCAGCCAGCUGGGCCUUACCCGGGAUCCCCUGGAGGAAAUGGCCCAGCUGAAUAGUUAUGACAGCCCAGACACUCCCGAGACCGAUGAUUCAGUUGAGAGCCGUGGAGCUCCUGCGCCGCCGAAGAAAACUCCCUCUGAAGAGGAGUUUGAAACCAUUAAGCUAAUCAGCAACGGAGCGUAUGGGGCUGUGUAUUUGGUACGGCACAAGACUACCCGCCAGCGCUUUGCCAUGAAGAAGAUCAACAAACAGAACCUAAUUUUGAGAAACCAGAUCCAGCAGGCCUUUGUGGAGAGAGACAUCCUGACCUUUGCUGAGAACCCCUUUGUAGUCAGUAUGUUCUGCUCCUUCGAGACUAAACGCCACCUGUGCAUGGUUAUGGAGUACGUGGAAGGAGGAGAUUGCGCCACACUCCUAAAGAAUAUCGGAGCCCUCCCUGUUGAUAUGACCAGGAUGUAUUUUGCGGAGACAGUGCUGGCAUUGGAGUACCUACACACUUAUGGCAUUGUCCACCGGGACCUAAAGCCUGACAAUCUUCUGAUAACAUCCAUGGGCCACAUUAAGCUAACAGAUUUUGGACUCUCUAAAAUUGGGUUAAUGAGUCUCACAACUAAUCUGUAUGAAGGCCACAUUGAGAAAGAUGCAAGAGAGUUUGUGGAUAAGCAGGUGUGUGGGACUCCAGAAUACAUUGCCCCGGAAGUGAUCUUGCGGCAGGGGUAUGGAAAGCCUGUGGAUUGGUGGGCCAUGGGAGUUAUCCUGUAUGAGUUUUUGGUUGGCUGCGUCCCUUUCUUUGGUGACACACCAGAAGAGCUGUUUGGACAGGUGAUCAGCGAUGAAAUUGCCUGGCCGGAAGGGGAUGAGGCAUUACCUCCAGAUGCCCAGGACCUCACCGCUAAACUUCUCUGUCAAAACCCUCUGGAAAGACUGGGAACAGGUAGUGCCUAUGAGGUGAAAGAGCACCGGUUCUUUAAAGAUCUAGACUGGAAUGGAUUACUUCGACAGAAAGCAGAAUUUAUUCCACAGCUGGAAUCCGAGGAUGACACUAGCUACUUUGACACUCGCUCUGAACGGUACCAACAUGUAGAUUCAGAAGAAGAUGAAGACACAAAUGAUGAUGAUCAUGUAGAAAUUAGGCAGUUCUCAUCUUGCUCCCCACGGUUCAGUAAGGUAUACAGCAGUAUGGAACGUCUUUCCAUCCACGAAGAGAGGAAAACCCCACCAACUAAGCGCAGCCUGAGUGAGGAAAAAGAUGAUCGUCUAGACAGCCUUGGGGGUCUGAAAAGUCGGGACCGCAGCUGGGUGAUUGGCUCUCCAGAAAUACUCCGUAAGCGCUUGUCCAUGUCUGAGUCCUCGCACACAGAGAGCGACUCCAGUCCACCGCUCACUGUUCGGCGGCGCUGUUCAGGGCUGCUCGACAUGCCCCGCUUUGCCAUCUCAGCCGAGGAAGAAGGACUCGCCCCCAAAAAGCAACAGUCAGAUGGAACGUUACUGUCGGCCGUACAGUCACGUGAAGGGCACCCACUACCUAUUCUAGAACAACCUGUAGAGCGAGAACAGCACUUGGAUGAGGACGCUGGGCCAACAACACCCUCUUCAACCACCAGCAACAUCAGCAGCUCAACCCUGUCAGCCGGGGGCACUACAGAUUUUUCUGAUCAGCGCAUUCGUAGCAACAGCAACGAGGGUCCUGAUUUUACCACUCCAAAAGCCAUCAGCGACUUGGCAGUGCGGCGGGCCCGGCACCGGUUGCUCUCCGGGGAAUCGGGGGAGAAACGUACCUCGAGACCUGUCAACAAAGUGAUUAAAUCAGCUUCAGCUACAGCCCUCUCCCUCCUGAUUCCCUCGGAUCACCACACGUGCUCACCGUUGGCGAGUCCAAUGUCCCCUCAUUCUCUGUCCUCCAACCCAUCUUCAAGGGACUCCUCACCAAGCCGAGACUUUUCUCCUGCUAUCACAAACCCCAAACCACCCAUCACAAUCCACCGGGCUGGGAAGAAAUAUGGCUUCACGCUUCGUGCUAUUCGCGUCUACAUGGGGGAUAGUGACAUCUACGCCGUGCAUCACAUGGUCUGGCAUGUGGAAGAAGGAGGCCCUGCGAAUGAAGCAGGUCUGCGGGAAGGGGAUCUGAUAACCCAUGUCAACGGAGAACCUGUCCAUGGUCUGGUGCAUACUGAAGUGGUGGAACUGAUCCUUAAGAGUGGAAACAAGGUAUCUAUCUCUACUUCCCCUUUUGAGAACACAUCAAUCAAAGUUGGGCCAGCUCGGAAGCCCAGCUACAAAUCCAAGAUGGCUCGGAGGAACAAGAAAAGCAAAGCUAAAGAUGGGCAAGAAAGUAAGAAGAAGAGUUCUUUGUUCAGGAAGAUCACAAAGCAGGCAUCCUUGCUGCACACCAGCCGCAGCUUAUCUUCACUUAACCGCUCUCUGUCCUCUGGGGAAAGCGUUCCUGGUUCUCCAACCCACAACCUGUCCCCUCGGUCACCUACACAGAGCUACAGAUCUACUCCUGAGUCUGUACAUUCAGUUGGUGGAAAUUCUUCCCAAAGCAGCUCCCCCAGUUCCAGUGUCCCCAACUCUCCAGCCAGCUCUGGACACAUCCGACCGAGUUCUUUGCAUGGACUAGCCCCAAAGCUUCAACGACAGUAUAGAUCUCCACGGCGUAAAUCUGCAGGAAACAUCCCUCUCUCACCACUAGCCCACACUCCCUCACCAACCCCACAGUCCACAUCGCCACAGCGUUCACCUUCACCUUUGCCAGGACAUUCUGUAGGCAGCUCCAGUAUUAUUCAGUCUUUUCCUGUCAAGUUACAUUCCUCCCCGCCUCUAGUAAGACAGAUCUCCAGACCCAAAAGUGCUGAGCCCCCCAGGUCUCCUUUGCUGAAGAGAGUCCAGUCAGCUGAGAAACUGGCUGCCUCGCUGUCCUCUGAAAAGAAGCUGGCUUCCUCUCGCAAACAUAGCUUGGAUAUCUCCCACUCUGAAUUUAAGAAGGAGAUGCUACAAAGGGAUCCUAGUCUCCAAAGUUUGCAGGAGUCUGCGAAUGAAACAACAGGUGGUAAAGUUGGGCUAGCGGAAAAAGGGACACUGCAAAAGCCAUCUUCCAGGAAGCUAGGUGCUAUUCGACAAGACAGAGUCGAGAGGAGAGAGUCACUACAAAAACAAGAGGCUAUUAGGGAAGUAGAUUCCUCCGAAGAUGAAACGGAUGAUGGUUCAGAGGAUAGUCAAGAUGGGAGAAGAUUGGAGAGGCAACCCUUCAGAGGAGAAAAGGGCUCCGACUCCUUUAAUGAUAAGUUUUCUUCCAAACUGGAAAGCAAAGACAGUCUGGAGGAUGAUGCUUUUCUCACUGACGAUCCAAAAGGUACAGCCGACUUGCAGAAGGCAACUAAUCAGCCUCCAAGGGCUGUCUCAGAGAUGCUGCCAACUAGCAUGCCUCAGUCACAGUCCAAGAUCCUCACCAGAACGUCUCCAGGAGAAUGUGGCAAAUAUGAAAAGCCACCGCUAGCAAAAGAGCCUAAAUUGCCAGAAAGCAAAACCGUUCAGGAAGAGAGCAUCAGAUACACUGGGGGGGAAAGUAUCCGUUGCAUGGAAGAUACAAAGAGCCCCCCUGGGAGGUUCAUUCAGUUUGAGAAAAACCACCCUUCUGGGGUCACGCAUGGUAAAGAUGCUCCAAAGGAAUCUGUGUUGACAGAAAUCAGUCAAAAAAAGCAAGAUCCUAACCCUUCACCAGCACUUCCUUCUUGUUGCACAGCAGAUAGGAACUCUCCUGUAUCGCUAAGCCAAACGGACUGCAGAGUAACAGAUUGCAGGCAGGAACUUCGAGCUGCAGAACAAAGCAGCCAAUGGCAACAUCCGGCCACUGUAAACGAAACGUCUCCAAAAAGUCCAGCUGCUGAAAAACCGCAAAGCCCGUGCCAGGCAGAGGAGUCGGCAGAGGGCAAGAAUCCAUUAAAUGCCAGGAAAAUGAGCCCAAGGGAUGCAAUGGGUGCUUCACCUUCAACUCCCUACGGCCCAAUUGCUGGUGAAAUGGCCCUUUCGGUGUCUCCGUUACCAACGGUCGCUCAAAGCGUCUUGGGCCCAGUGAAGCUUGGCAUGUCAGGUACUAGAAAGUUGGAAGCAGAUCUUGAGUUCCCCCAAACGGACCCAACUUGUAAGAAAGAUUCCAAACAAAGAAAGCAGGAAACGUUAAAGAUGGGAGAAGAUCAAGACAGAGAGAAACUUCUUAGCACAGACAAUCUGAACACCUGUGCACCCUACACAGAGCCAACAAGUCCAGCAAAGUCUUGGGAGCUGUCCUGUUCCCUGACAGCAAAGAAAGAACCAGGUUUUGGCAGUUCUCAACCACUUGAAGCCAUAGGAGAUAACAGGAAAACGUCUCCAUCAAAAGAUCUACCACAUACCCUGGAAAUUCAAAGUCCUAGGGCAUCUCCUCUGCCAGCGGACAGCCUGCAGCUCUGUAAAGAGGAGACUCUGAUGCUGGGAAACAGCAAAGAGGCGGGAAGUCAAUUAAAGAUACAAGACUUUCCAUUGUCGCAAGACAGCGUUGUAAAGAAAGCAUAGCAGGAGCCCUGGAUACGUGCACUUGAGUACUCUACAUUCAGAAACAGAGACGGCAUGUUUGGAUUUUGUAAUAUACACUAAUACAGAAUAGGACCGUGGACAUCUAUUUUUGGGAGGGUUGUUUUUUCAUACUGCUUUUUUGCCUUUUUUUCAUCUUUGCAAUUCUAUUUUUGUACAUGACGUGCUUGCCACUUGAGGUCUCUUUGGAACAGGGUAUCUUUAAAGCAUAACUAUGAAAUAGUUUGCUGACUUUUUUUUACUUUGGUUUGCCCUCAGUUUGGGCUGUGCUGGGCAUUUCCCGCCAGUUUUGCAUUUAUUCAGAUCCCAAAGAACUACUUUGUGCAAAAUAGGCAGCUGACGUUAAAACCUCUCUCGCUUUUCAACUUUCUCUUUCACAUUGCAUCUGUUUCUUCCCAAAUUUUCAGUUAUUUACAAGCCAGUUUCUCUAUGGCAAGGAGGAAAAAAAAAUUGUUAAUAGGUUAUUCGAAAUUCAAGCCUUCUUCAGUGCAACUCAGAUCCUUUUCUUUCUCUGUCACUUUACAUAUCCUCCAGUCCCACGCAUAUCUAUCUUAGAGUUCAUUGCUGCUACAUUGUCAGUUUGGAGUACAGAGAACAGCCCUAUAUUUUUUUAACUCAUUUUUUUAAAACUUUCUCUCAAAUGGAAGCUCAAAGAAACUAGUGUCCGAUCUGUAGCAUGUUUAUUUUUACUUUGUUUUACAGGACACAUGGCACCUCUCUCCUCCAUCUUUUAACAUUUUAAUUGUGUUUUCUCCCCUUUUACCUGCCUUCUUUCUAGUCUGCCCUGAUCCGGAACAAACAGUGACCCCACCAGGAGGGACACAGUUGUGUUUAAAAUAAUAAUGCGGAUACAUGUAGCACCCUCAAACUAUGUUAACUUCAUGGCAUAUCAGCACGAGCGACCUCUCCCUCUUAGGACGGCUCUCAGUAAUUCUGGGGGAGUUUUAAGUAUUUCUGCCAGUUCUGAAACAGAGCUUGAGAAACCCAGCAAGGGUUCUGACUUUGCCUGUCUUCUUAGAGAGUACUCUAAAAUGUUGUUCCCUUUAACUCAUCAAGUGAUGUGGAUGAGCGGCAACCAGACUUCAAAACAACACACACGAUAGUUCAAGAUUUUACCUUCGGUAGCUAGACCAUUUCCACUUCUCAGUUCCCCUGGUUUUAUUAAAAAUUUGUACGAUCCCCUGGUUUCUAGCAUUUCUGUGCUUGAAAUGUGACCAGUUCUGAAUCACAUUAUUUUGGGAUGAUUAGAUCUGUAAUAAAAUGCUGACAAAUAUGUAGUAUAACAUCUCUCUGGCAUUCUGAGCCAUUUCCUGACUAGCCUAUUGUCAAAGAAUGCUACUGUCAUUCAUCAUAGAAUGCUCUUGGCUUUCACUCCAACCUUGUCUAACAGAGUCUCUCUGUGCUUGGAAAGCCUGCAAUAGCUAGUGACCCAAUUAAUUGGUCUUCUUGGAGAGGAACAUUUCUGAAUGGCGACUGUACUUGGCAGCAGUGCACCUGUUGAAGAGCUGCAUCUAUUGGUCCAAUUUCAUUAUCCGGCUGUUUUCCAUUAUAAAAACCUCUUCUGCACUUUGAAUGUCUACUUAUGUUCCCUACCCAUAUCUUUGGUGUAGGAAUACACUUUUUCCUGACACUCUCUCAGACUUCUUCAAUUCCUGAUGCAUAUAUACCAAGCAUCUCUGGAUUUCUUGGCCUGCCUUUUUCUCUAGAACCAUUUUGUCAUUCUGUAAGUGAUUUUGGAUGCCGAGAUUUCAUUUCUGGACCAACUUUUGUUUUGAGGUUAUUUUUAUAUUCAAGUAACUGUUUACUUUGUGUGUGCACACGCGUUUACUGUAAUGUUGUUAAGAAUGAACAGGCUUCUUAAUGCACUAGCUGAAGCAUCACCACUCCCAAGUAAUGGAUCAAUAGCCCCGGCAGUUAAUGGUAGACCUACUGUCUCUUUGAGCCUUGCUCUGGAACACAUGAGCUAGUCAGGUGCACAUAGGUGGCGAUUGACAAUUACAAACCCUUGAUUCGCCCAAUCAGAGCGCUUCACUUGCCAGCCUCUUGAAGCACUCUCUAUUUGGAUAAACAUGUCUUCAUGUGUUGAUUUCAUGACAAUAAGUAAGUGCAGGUUUUGCUGCUGCUAUCUGAUCUGACUGGUUUUCUUCCUCGUGAGUUGAUCCAUUAGGAAGUUUUGAAGAAGAAAGUUCCAGCUGGCAAUCAGACUAAAAUAAAAUGGGCAUCGUCUGAAACUAACCCCCUAAAAAUGCCUGAUUUUUUGGAAAACCUAUUAAAUUUAAUUCCUUGUAA